UCGUCCAACACAUAAAUUCUUCUGCCAUGAAAUUGAAAAUCGAUUUUAGCUCAACGCAGAAGCUAGGAAUCGAAGCUUCAAGUGAACGCACGUUUAAGCCAAAAAAGCACUUUUACCUUUUUAAACCCAAACAACAAACUUUUGAGAGAAAUCACGUUUCAAGGGUGCAAACGUGAAUCCAAACACAUACGACUCGUUACCUUACUUACGCGUUCGUGCUUCCAUCUCUCCUUCCUCGUUAAUUCUCAGCAAAAACCGCCGUUACCGGCCGUCGCGUUCAUCUCCAUCCACGCUUCUGAAGCUAAAUUUGAAAGGGAAUUCCUCAGAUUAUCAAAAUGUUCAACAUGAGAAUUUUCCGAGCAAGAAAGUUGCUAUGUAGAAGCUUUUCCAACACUCUUCAUUCAGAGCCUUUACGAGUCUGUGUUGUUGGAAGUGGUCCCGCCGGUUGCUACACUGCUGAGAAGAUGUUGAAGGCUCGUGAACAAGCACAAGUUGAUAUCAUUGAUAGGUUGCCUACGCCUUUUGGGUUGGUUCGCUCCGGUGUUGCACCUGAUCACCCUGAAACUAAGAUUGUCGUAAAUCAAUUUUCCAGGGUGGCGCAACAUGAACGAUGCUCAUUUUUUGGAAAUGUGACCCUUGGAUCCAGCGUAUCUCUUUCUGAAUUGCGCAGGCUGUAUCAUGUGGUUGUCCUUGCAUAUGGUGCUGAAAGCGACAGAAAUCUUGGUAUACCAGGAGAAAACUUAAAAGGAGUACUGUCAGCCAGAGAGUUUGUUUGGUGGUAUAAUGGGCAUCCAGAUGGACAAAAUCUUGAUCCAGACCUGAAGAGCACUGAUACAGCUGUCAUUCUUGGUCAGGGGAAUGUUGCCUUAGAUGUUGCACGUAUUCUUUUACGGCCUACUUCAGAGUUAGCAACAACUGAUAUUGCCAGUCAUGCUUUGGCUACUUUAGAGGAGAGCUCUAUCAGGGUAGUUUAUUUGGUUGGAAGACGGGGUCCAGCCCAAGCAGCUUGUACUGCAAAAGAGUUACGUGAAGUUCUAGGUAUUAAGAAUCUUGAUAUUUCCAUACAGGAAUCUGAUCUAAUUCUAACCCCAGCUGAUGAGGAAGAGCUUAAGAGCAACCGAAUACACAGAAGAAUUUUUGAGUUGCUAUCCAAGGCAGCUACCUCAAGACCCAGACAUGCUGGUUUGAACCAACGUCGGCUCCAUUUUGUCUUCUUCCGUAAGCCAGAUAGUUUUCAAGAAUCAAAAGACAAUACUGGCCAUGUCUCUGGUGUGCGCUUUGAGAAGACCGUUCUUGAAAGUGUUGGCCCUGGAAAACAAAUUGCCGUUGGUACUGGAGAAUUUGAAGAUAUUAAAUGCGGGAUUGUUCUUAAGAGCAUUGGUUACAAAUCAGUACCAGUGGAUGGCCUACCUUUUGAUCAUAAGAAAGGUAUAGUUCCAAAUGAUGAAGGCCGAGUGUUGAGUGACACUUCAGAUACUGCUGCUCUUGAAGAGGGCUUAUAUGUAUGUGGUUGGCUGAAGAGAGGACCAACCGGGAUUGUUGCGACAAACCUAUAUUGUGCUGAAGAAACUGUGUCGAGCAUAUUAGAAGACCUUGAGAACGGAGUUUUGAUUUCAUCAACGGCCGCACUGAAACCGGGAAGAAAUGGUCUUCUCAAGCUUAUGCAUGAUAGGAAUGUUAGAAUAGUUUCAUUCAAUGAUUGGGAAAAGAUAGACUCUGAAGAAAGGAGGCUUGGAAGUUCAAGGAACAAGCCUAGGGAAAAACUAGCCACGUGGAACGAACUACUGACAGCUACCGCAGAAGGAACUGAAUAUUCCACGUAAUACAUUAUUUUACCCCGUUAAACAUCUCAUCAUGCACCAAGAAAAACCAAAUAAUUGAAAGAAAGCUUUUGACAAUAUACACACUCAUUGGUGAAGAUAUCAACAAGGAAGUCCCGUUCAAGAGUUCUCUUGCUUCUAAAAUGUACUAAUCUUCUUUGUUGUGAUUCGUGUCGGUAAGAAGCAUGAUUUUUGGAUUGCAAUACUAAUAAUGCACACAAUUAGAAAUUAAGCAAUGAUAAUUGCAUAGUUAUUGUCUUAUUGACACUUUCAAUUGUCUUUGUACUAUUUUGUAUUAAAUUAAAUAAGUAAUGACAUUACAGAUAUCAUUUCUAAUAAUUGUAAUUUAUUAAACACUUAUUUGCUCCAUAGUUCAUUGUACACAUUAACUAAAUUUUGUAGCACAGGCUGUACUCAGCUACCUGUAUGAUAUGAUGCACUGAUCUUAACUUCAACCAAACUUGGAGUAGGCCAUAACCAAACAGUCUAUUUCAGAUUGAAAUUAUUGUCCCUCCAUAUCUUUUCUAACAUUUGACCUAUUUUGAAGUGCCCCAUGUGGCCCCAAAAAGGAAAAAGAAGUGGCCCAACAAAGUGAUUUUCUGAAGAUUAUGUUUGGGUGGCUCUGCCUCUUUGGCUCCAUCACAGACUGUAAAACACAUGCUAUGCUCUAUGAGGCAGGGAUAUUCUUACAUAUUCAGGGUGUAUUACAUCAAACGGCUUAUAUUUUACUGUAAUGGCAUAAAUUACAUGUGUCACAUGUUAUGUUUGAUAGUUUGGAGCAUUACUUUCAAUUACAUAGUCAUGUUCACUGUGCUGAUCCCCACAAGGGAAAGGUAGUCAUCAACCAUUAAUUUUUGCCAAAUACCUAAUUUUAUCUGUCUUAACAGUGUAAUGUAAUAAUCAUUCCUAAAACAGGGUGAUUAAACAUUUAUCUAUCUCAGUUAAUAUUCAUGAGCUUUGCAUU